CAAAGCAUCCAUCUUUUUUUUUUUCAUUCAAGACAAUUUGAGACCAGGAUUAAACAAACACCCAACACCAGCAUCCUCAGCAGUGAGAGGGAUUAUCCCAGUUGGCUGGGGCAUGUAGCCACAUCAAGGACAAAUUGUCCCACGGUGACGAUUUCCCUGCUCCACUCACUCAGGUGCAGCAGAGAGGCAGAGCCCGCAUCCAUUUGUAAUGGGUACCCUGAAGUGGCUCUUCUGGGCUGGGCUGGGCUACCUGGGUUGCUGCUGUCUCCCCAGGGUGCAGGCACAGUUCCCCCGUGCCUGCAUGACAGUGGAUGCCCUUCGCUCAAAGCGCUGCUGCCCAGCCUUGGGGACAGACCCAAGUAACAUCUGUGGGUCCCUGCAGGGCCGAGGCUGGUGUCAGGGUGUGCAGACAGACACUCAGCCCUGGAGUGGCCCCUACACCCUUCGAAACGUGGAUGAUCGGGAACGGUGGCCCCUCAAGUUCUUCAACCAGAGCUGUCGGUGCACAGAAAACUUUGCUGGCUAUAACUGUGGUGACUGCAAGUUUGGCUGGACCGGCCCCGAAUGCAACAUGAAGAAGCCAGCAGUUGUCAGGAAGGAUGUCCACUCUCUGACGCCAGAGGAGAGAGAUCAGUUCUUUAAUGCUCUAGACCGUGCAAAGAGAACCAUUCACCCAGACUAUGUAAUUGCAACUCAGCACUGGAGAAGUCUGCUUGGUCCCACGGGAGAGGAACCACAAAUUGCCAACUGUAGUAUUUAUAACUACUUUGUUUGGCUUCAUUACUACUCAGUCAGAGACACACUAUUAGGACCUGGACACCCAUUCACAGGUAUCGAUUUCUCCCACCAAGGACCUGCGUUUGUUACUUGGCAUAGGUACCAUUUGCUGUUGCUGGAGAGAGACCUGCAGCGACUGAUAGGCAACGAAUCCUUUGCACUGCCCUACUGGAACUUUGCCACGGGUAGAAACGAGUGUGACAUCUGCACGGAUCAGCUCUUUGGAGCACCGCGGCCAGAUGACCUGGGGCUGAUCAGCCUGAACUCCAGGUUCUCCCAGUGGCAAAUAGUUUGUAACAGCUUGGAUGACUACAACCGCCUGGUCACGCUGUGCAAUGGGAGUGACGAAGGGCAGCUGCGGCGAAGUCCCCCUGGGAGCUCCAGCAAGCAGCUACCCACUGCAGAGGAUGUCAGGAGGUGCCUUUCCCUGCAGGAGUUUGACAGCCCCCCCUUUUUCCGCAAUUCCAGUUUCAGUUUCAGGAAUGCGCUAGAGGGCUUCGAUAAACCAAGUGGAGCCCUUAACUCACCAGUGCUGAGCCUUCAUAAUUUGGUUCACUCUUUCCUGAAUGGGACCAGUGUUCUCCCUCAUGCAGCUGCCAACGAUCCCAUCUUUGUGGUUCUUCACUCCUUUACUGAUGCCAUCUUUGAUGAGUGGAUGAAACGGUUUAAACCCCCUGGCAGCACCUGGCCUGAGCAGCUGGCCCCCAUCGGUCACAACAGACUCUACAACAUGGUCCCUUUUUUCCCUCCUGUGACCAACAAUGAGCUCUUCCAAACCGCGGAGCAGCUUGGCUACACCUAUGCCAUUGACCUGCCAGGUUCUCUUGAAGAAACUAAAGUGUGGGCUGUCAUGGCUGGAUCCACAAUUGGAGGAGCACUUAUAGCUCUGGCUAUGCUUGUUGUGCUGCUUGUACUUUUCCAGCACCGAAGGCAGAGAAGAGGUUUUGAACCACUGAUGAAUGUGAGCUUCAGCCCCAGAAAGUACAUGGAAGAGGCCUAGAGCCCUUGCUUGGUUUCUCUGCUUAUUCUUGUAGAAACUGACCUUGAUUGCCUCAUUGAGAGUUUAUCACAUACUCCUUUGGCAGCUGACUACAUUGUUCUCAUUCAGGUUUUCCUGUUAUCUUGUGAACUGUAAUAUAUGAAGUGUCUGGGUGAAAGGCACAAGACAGGACAGACUUUUCUCAUUACCAUGUUAUCUGGAGUGUGUGACACUUGUAAGUCAUCCUCUAUAGAUUUAGAUCAAGACAGAUAAGAAUACAAAUAGAAGAAAACCAACUUGAAUAACCAAGAUAGUUUUUCACCUCAAUGUGUUUUGAUUUCAUUCAACAGCUCUAAG